AUGGCAUUAAGAAAUCGAGAGGUGCAACAAAGUGCGACCGCCGCCAUUAGAGAAAAUAAUCAACGACGAGUUAAUAAUCACAGAGCAUUGGUACGUGCAUCACUUUUGCGCCUGGCGUUUAAUUAUGAUCCUGAAAUUGAUUAUUCAUCACACUCUUUAAUUACCAUUGGUAAUAUGGACAAAGUAUGUAAACAUUGCCUUGCUCUAAAAUUCAGAGGAGAAUCAGCAGGUUUAUGUUGCGCAUCAGGGAAAAUUAUAUUGACAAAAUUAACAACACCGCCGGAACCUUUAAAAACUCUACUAGAUGGAACAACGUCUCAAUCAAAAAUAUUACUAAAAAAAAAUCGCAAAUUUAAUUCAUGUUUUCAGAUGACGUCAUUUGGUGCUACGAAAGUAUUUGAAAAUGAAGAUGGUCGAAAUUUUGAAUCAACAUUUAGGAUACAAGGUCAAGUUUACCACCAAAUCGGUUCAUUGUUUCCCAUGCCUGAUGUGAAUCCGAAAUUCUUACAUAUUUAUUUUAUGGGAGAUGAUGAACGACAAACAAACAUGCGUUGCGAAUUUAAUCACAUACAGCUUAUGGAGGAAAGAGAUAUUGUGAACUCUUUGAAAAUAUUUUCUAAAAACCAUAACCAGUUAUUGCAUUUGUUUAAGACUCUUUCAAGUAGACUAGAAAACGAUGAUUACGCUAUUAUUAUUAGAGCAGACAAAGUGCCGGUUGGAGAACAUGCUGGCGCAUAUAAUGUUCCAACAGUCAAUGAAGUCGCGGUCGUAAUAGCUGGUGAUCUAUGUGAGGGGCGUGAUAUACGUAUACAACGGAGAGAUAAUACCAUACAGAUUAUACAGGACAGUCAUCGUUCUUAUGAUGCUUUGCAGUAUCCAUUGAUAUUUUGGAAAAGUGAAGAUGGGUACCUUUCAAAUAUUAAACAAAGGGAUCCAAAUACAGGUGCAGAACUUGCCAAAAAAGUAAGUGCCAUGGAUUUUUACUGCUACCGAUUAAUGAUUCGAGCUAAUAGAGAAAAUAACAUUCUUAAAUGCAGGCAGCUAUUCCAUCAGUUCGUGGUCGACAUGUAUGUGAAAAUUGAGAGUGAGAGAUUGAGAUUCAUAAAGUUUAAUCAAGCCAAACUCCGCGCUGAGGAAUAUAUACAUUUACGUGAUGCAGUACUUGGUAAUGUAGAUGCAAUGAAUGAUAUUAGUCAGAUUGGUACUGCAUAUAUUCUUCCAUCUUCUUAUAUUGGAAGUCCGCGACAUAUGCAGGAGUACAUUCAAGAUGCUAUGGCUUAUGUUCGUGCAUAUGGCAGACCAGAUCUGUUCAUUACCUUUACGUAUAAUCCCAAAUGGGAUGAAAUAAAAAAAUUGCUGAUGCCGGGACAAACAACGAUGGAUAGGCAUGAUAUAACUGCACGAGUUUUUAAACAGAAGUUGAAAUCAUUGAUUAAUUUGAUAACGCAUCAUUCUGUUUUUGGUGAAACACGCUGCUGGUUAUACUCAGUAGAAUGGCAGAAAAGAGGUUUACCCCAUGCACAUAUUUUGUUGUGGUUAAUCAAUAAGGUACGUUCUGUAGAGAUUGACAAUAUUAUCUCAGCAGAAAUUCCUGAUAAAAAUGUUGAUGAGGAAUUGUUCGAUAUUAUAACUACUAACAUGAUACAUGGUCCAUGCGGUACUCUCACCAUUAUGUCACCCAUGCAUGGGAGCGACAAAGCGAUAUUUGCAAUUAAAAGUAUUAAUGAGAAUGAUGAAAUAACUCGAUAUCAAAUGGGUAGAUACGUCAGUAGCAAUGAAGCUAUCUGGCGUAUUUUUGGUUUUCCCAUACAUGAAAGGAAUCCAUCUGUGGUACAUUUGGCUGUGCAUUUGGAGAACGAUAUUGCUGGAAGAUUUGCUAGAACAUUAUUAUAUACAGAUACACCUAAAUAUUUUACAUGGGAUAAAAAAUUAAAAGAUUGGGUACUUAGAAAACGGGGUAUUCCUGUUUCAGGAUUCGAAGGCAUAUAUAUGACAAACAAUUUGGGUAGAUUGUAUACUGUUCAUCCUAAGCAACGAGAAUGCUUUUAUUUACGUUUGUUGUUGAUUAAUGUUGUAGGACCAAGAUCAUUCCAAAAUUUGAGGACAGUCAAUGGAAUUUUAUAUGAAACUUUUUAUGAUGCGUGCCGUGAGUUGCACUUAUUGGAGAAUGAUAAUCAAUGGGACAUGACUCUUGCAGAUGCAGCACUGAUUUCAUCUGCACAUCAAAUUCGACAAUUAUUUGCAAUAAUAUUAACAACAUGUUUUCCAUCAGAUGCAUCUGCACUGUGGAAUACACAUAAAGACCCAAUGAGUGAGGAUAUUUUGCAUCGAACAAAUAUAUAA